AUGGAUUCUCAGGUCCUCGUCGCGCUCGGUCUCUCCCUCGUCGGUGGCUUGAGUACUUCCCUCGGUGAGCAAGCUGGAAAUACUGUUUCGGUUCAAUCCGUUCUCCCUUCUUCGCCUUCUUCAGUUCUCUGCAGCGGAUGAGAAUCACUUCACCUUGCGGUAUACAUAUUUUUUUGUUUUGCUCGUCUUCUCUGUAGUUGAGACUGGUGAAGCGUUCUCAUGUUCUCUUGCUCCACUGAGAAUUCGCAGAGCACUACUGCUACGUAUCUUUGACGAAGAAAGUUAGGUGAAUUGGUUUUAGUGGAAGAAUUUAGGUUAACGAUUGCAUUCGAAAUCGUGUGUGGUCGAUGAAUUCAGACUUCUGAUUUAUUUUUAACUGGUAAUGGUUUGGUUAUAACUACUCCCAGACAAUUUCGGGCUCAGGAGACCUGGUUCGUCAACUGUUAUCAAGAUGCUCUAUCUUUGCGAACAAUUUUUGUCAACAUCCUGAUAUAAAGUGAGUCAAGAACUGGACAGAAGUUAGCUAUAUGUUGCCAAUCUAGAGAGAGAGAGAGAGAGAGGGAGAGAGGCCAUUAAAGAUUAGGUAUUUGACUGCUUAAAAACUUUCAAUUUUGCCCUUAAAUGUCUUAGAGAAAGUUUCAUUCGAUAGGAUGACCUAGGAAGACUCUGGAAUAUACGUCCAAAACGUAAGAAAACAUUUAGCUAAGAUAUUCUUACUUUCCUGUUUCUGUAAUCUCAGUGAUAUCUUCUUGGAGAACUUUAACAAAUAUAACAUCAGAUCUUUUAAAUUAACAUCCUCAAUUCUCCAUUCUCGCACUUCUAAAAGGCAACAAUUGGCAUUUUGCGCUAAAAAUUCGUCAUGAUAAAUUAGUUAUGCUAUAGUUCCUUUUUUCCUCAAAUUUAUAGAGUAUUCAUGUAAAAUUCUUAUGCUUUAGUACCUGUGUUUCAUGUUAUCUAUUUGAACAUUUGAACUUUAUACAUUGCACGGUGAUAAAUAAAACGACUCAUCCAAAUUCGAUAAAAAUUGUAUAUGAAUUUUUUACUGUAAAUAUUUUCAUCAGGAUAUCCUGAAUUCGAGGGUCCUGCCGGUCUCUGAAGCACAUAUAGUUGGGAUGAUAUUCACUAUGUAUCUAUGGAUGUGUACUGAAGGUGUAUCAGGCUUAUUAGUUUCAUCCGGAUACUGCAGAGAUAUCCCAGAGGUAUCAUUAGGAAUUUGAGGUCGUUUCCAGAUAAAAUGGUAUCAUGUUGUCAUUCGUUGCAGGAGGAUUGCUUGUGCGUUCAGGACAUUGCACAAUGCCUUACUGUGGCCUGUCAGGAUAUUCAUGGAAGUUUUCUCAUUUGACUGGUAAUUCCAGCAUAAAAAAUGAGGGGCAAACCUGAGAUAGAAUAUGUUCUACCGAGUUGCGAAUUUUAUUCUCUUUUGUCUUGGAGUGUAUAUCCUUAUAGGUUUUUUUUUGUUAGAGUUGGAAAUAUAAUUUUAAUUUAAUAACACUUUACUGGAAAAAAUGAAUGCCUGUUAGAAAUGACUGGAAAAAGAAUAUUUUGGAAAUUUAUGAUUUUUUUUAUACAUGUAUAACUUUGUUUCUUUCAGUAGUUUGUGACAUUUCUUGUUAGUGAAUUGAAGUUAAAAAAUGAAUUACUGCUGUAAGCUCUUCGUUAUUCUGAGCAUUAGAUUCGCUAAAGAGAUCCCCAAGUUCUCUCUUCUGAUGCAGAUAGUUUUUCUUUCAAAAUAAUCUAAUAUCUAUUUACUUGUGAACUAAACUUAGGCUACUCUUUGGAUAGGUGCACUUUUUGUAGUAAUAAAUCAAGCACCCAAUCUCAAAUUGCUUGGGCUCUUACAGGUAAAGUUUACGUUCUCAUUUGGCAAUUUACUUAUCCCCACUAUUUCAUAAUUUUAAGCUUACUUCUUUCAGGGUUUUGCUGCUGGUCUGAUGCUGAGCAUAUCCUUCCUAGACUUGGCACACAAUGCUAUAAAUUCCAUUGGCUUCUUAAAAGGCAACAUUUGGGUGAGUAACUUCCUUUCAAUGGAAUCUAAUUUCACUAAUUAUGUCUUUGUUUAUGUUAUACAGCAAAAGGUGGUACUAGAUCAGUUUUUGAAGGGUUAUUUUGUGUCAGGGUAAAAAGGGUACAGGCACAGAUUAUCCAUGCCUACUGUUUGUCAUGCCAGAUCAAUUCGUAAUGAGCAUAUCGUAUCUAGAACUGCAUUGUCCAUUGAUUAGAAAAAAUAUAAGAAUUUAGCGAGUUAAUAAUUCCUCUUCAGCGAGUAAGAAUUUUUACCUUUAUUUGCAUGUUUUUUGGUGCCAGGGUGUAAAUAAAGUGGUCUUCUUUUUUCAACUUAGGUGGGGAUUUAAAUAAUAAUUGAAAAUAUUUUCAUCUUCCUCUCUGUAAGACCGCUAGAAGUCAGUGAAUGUUAUUUCUGUGUAGGGUCAAAAAUUAGAGAGAGUCAAAGGGUUGGGACUUGCCCCAGGAGGGGGUCGUAUCAGUGAUAUAAUUGUGGGUGAUCAGUGUAAGGGAGUUCACUAGCAUGCCUCCAGACAAGAUAUGUCUUUCCUUUUUUUUUGGUUUCAGUAACCAAUAUACAGUUGCUAUAUUUCCCUCUGAUUUGCGGGAAAACCUUUUACCAAUUAGCACUCUUAACAUUGCAGUUCUUUUCCGGAGUCCUUUUCUUUGCGUUCAUUGUCAAUUUUAUUCCAGAACCAACUCUUCUUUCGAGCAAUGAUGUAAGCACACAACAGGUCAGUAACCAUCUACCAUCAUGUUAGAUGGUAUUGCUAGUACUUUAUGCUGUAUUAUGCAUUUUGGAGCCAUGCUGAGGUCUUUUUGAUCUCAUUGGGAUCCAUAAUUGCAGAAAGAUGAGGAUGGAUCAGGUAAGGAUAUGAUGAAAAAACAUCGGCGCCAAGUUCUUUUCAGUGGAAUUAUUACAGCAAUAGGUAUAGUUCUCUGUUGUUUACUUUGAUUGUUCUUAUUUUUCAUUUAAAAUGUGUCUCGAGGGGAGGUCUUGUUUCGAGCUCUGUCUGCUGUUCGUUUUAAUGUUGAUUGUGCAUGCAUCAAACUUCAGAGGAAUAAAAUUUUGUCCCAUGGAAUAGGAAGCCUAAUCAGCUGGCGUCAAUACUAAAAGCAUGCAAAUCAAUUUUAAAGAACCACUGAGCGAAUUAAAUUGAAGGACAAAAAAAAUCGUCAAGAUUCUUUAACAAAUGUUGAGCUUUAUCUAGCAGUAAGUGCCUGUCCCCAGAUAUGCGGCCAUUGUAUUCCCUGGUAACUUUAAAAAAAUUGUUAUUUUCUUUAAAUGUUAAAACCUCUUAUGUUCCUCCAGAGAAUCUCUAGAGCUGACCAUUAUUUUAAGCUUUCAGUGACACAAUAUCAAACCAAAAGAUCCUUGCGUCUUGUGAACCUAAUAUAAUGGCCGUUUAUGUUUUAUACCAGGCUAGUUUUUAUCAUGCUUAUCCAUUACUUUUUAUGCGUUCUCUACCUUACUUAAUUCAGAACUCAGUACACGACCCUCAUCUAAUAAUGGCUUUUGGUUUUGCUGCAAGUUGCAGGGAUAAGCUUGCACAAUUUUCCUGAGGGAAUGGCUGUGUUUCUUGGAUCAAUUAAGGUAAUUGCAUGGUGCUUACAGCUAAAAAAAGGCAUUUGGUGAUGAUAAAUUUGAUUAUAUCGUUACAGAAUAUUGUCCACAUGAAUACAAUUUUUUUUUUGCCUAUGCAUUGAAACAUUCUUGUCUUGAAAACUGCUGUUAAGUUAUGAUUCUUUUUAAAAGAUGGUGACUAAGUGGGAAUUGGUCUUGGUUGUUUUAUCAGAUCAGCAUUACUGCUGAAAUGUGCAGAUGCAGGCUAUACACUACAGAAACUUAUCUAUCUGCUGUCUGCAAAACGCUUUCCUAAUCUUUAUGCUAUCUUGUGAGAUACCACAGAAAAUCACUGCAUCAAAGUUUUCUUUGAAGAUUGCUGAAAAGCUUUUGUCAUUCAGUAAUUAAACUGAUGCUCUAAACUUUGCACGUGUAGGACAUUGGAUCAAUGGAAUCUCAAAGGAUUCUUGGGAACAGAGAAUUUAAGCCUGUUUUUCUAAACACCAUGCACUUCAACCCUAAUCUCAGUUUGCUACACUUUAUUCAACCUGUUUUACUGGGCUUCUUCUUAUGUAACCCCUAAUUUGAGAGAUAAAUUUCAACUAGGAUGCAAUAGAAAUAUAGUCCAACUUUUUCUCAGGAGUAUGUGAGUAGGGGAGGAAUUUCAACGAAUUUAGAAUUCUAAUGUGAUACAUUAUUGACUUACACAACCUUUGAUACGUGGUGUUAAAAUCCCAUCUUUGAAUUCACAAGAAACAUGAUUUUUGUGCAGAUUAAUCACCCUGAAUCCACAACGAAGAAAUUUUGACCCUUAAUUCUACAAGAUCGAAAUAGUUCCCAUGAAUAUACAGAGGAUAUUGGAAUCUGCCAGUAGAGAACUAAAACCUCAUAAGAGGGAGAAAUUAUUAGGCCAACUCAAGUUAGAGUUGGGGCUAUUUACAUCUUCAUACUUCCUAGGCCUCUGGUCCACUUAAAUUAUUUUUUAAAUGGGUUGCAUCAGUCUCUCUUGCUUCAGAGUUUUAAUGUAAUUGUGGAUGAUAGUCAUACAAAUCCAUAAUAUUUAAGGCAGAAGAUAUGCUUAUUGUCUCUAGCAAGUCAAGAAUGCAUGUAUUGUCGUUAAUUUUUUGGAGGACUUUGAAUGGUGUAUGUUGUUUUCGGCUAAAUUGAUUAUAAUUUUCAAAUGGUAUCAGAACCAAAUCACUAGCUUAAAAAAUCAUUUUCCUCAUCUUCUUAUUAGCCUUCUUGAUACUUUCAUGUAAUGUCUUAAUGUGCUUUGCCAUGUUGUUUGCUGCUAUACUUGAUCCAAUCAAUUUUGGUAAAUCUGUUAAAUCUCAAUAGAGUUUUAGAGAAAAAUAAUAAAUAAUAAAAAAUGGAGAUUGAUUAAAACAGCAAUUAACUAUAGAGUAACAUGCAACUUCUACUUGAGUCAAGGCAAAAUCCUACUAUUUUAGUUUUUCUCCUAAAAUAUAAAAAAUCAAAUUACCAAAUGCUCUAUUGACUAGUUUUGUUUGACCAUCUAUUUGAGGAUGGCUAAUAGUGUUGAGUUUUGAACAGCAGUCAAAUCCAUUCCAAAAAAUAUGCUAGAAAUGUGAGAGAAAUUUGAAUCUCAAUCUGAUGUGGUCUACUCAAAAUUUUGAACCUCGAUUUGAUUAUUUUGAACCUCGAUUUGAUGUGAUAGACUCUAGGAUGUCAUGCAAGCAAACUGUCUCCUUACAAAAUAAAUUAGCUAUUUUCACAACGUCAUUAGUCUUUUUGCAUGCAAUGAAAUGUGUCACUUUUAAAAAACGUUCCACAACCUUGAAGAUAGAGUCUGUAUCUCUCUAAGUAUGUGGUAAUCCUAAGGCAAUAUUUUUAAAAAUAUUGUAUCAUGGUCGUUUUGCAAUUGACAAUGGAGUAUACAAUCUAAUAUUCUAGUAUUGUCCCUUAUUAACUUGAAAAUUUUGGUAUUUGUGCGCAAUUUUUUUUACCUCUAGGUAGGGCCAGUAAUAGCUUUCUUCUAUCAAUUGUAAGGUUUUGUCAUGGGCCAAAUGUUCUCCCAAUCCUCUUGAAUGUGAUUGACGAAUCAACUGUCAUCAAGUAAAAAAAUUAGGAAAACCAAACAAAGUUACAGAUGUAACGCAACAGAAAUCAGUAUUCUUGGUCACUCGAAGUUGGAAAUCUAUAUUUAACAGUAUUAUUGUUUAUUGAUCUACUUUCUACGCACAAACACUAGCUUUCAUCUUUUUUCAGAAUUAAUAAUGUAGGAACAUACUUUGACAAACUUUCACUAAUUAGACCUUUUUCUAGCAAUUCUUCUACCUAUUUUCUUAAAUUCACUUUUCAUUACGACUCAUUCAAUAGUAAGAUAAAUUUGACGAACUUGCUCUUGGAAUCAAAUCAAUAUGAUGUUAUAUAUCUCUAGGGUGAGGAGGCCAUUGAGUGAAUCUUGUAUACUACUCAAAUCAUUUAACACUUUUUGUUGAACCUCAAGCACAGAAUUUGAAAAUUUUAAUACAGUAUUAUAUUUUUAACCAUCAUAAAUAUUUCAUAUGCUUCAUUCAAGUUGCUGAAGAGUUCUUUUCUAUCAAUCGUCAUCACUUGUUUAUUUUUUACCUCAAUGCUAGAAAAAUUAAUCUUUCAUAGGGCAUCAAAUAAACUUUUGACCAUUUUUGUAGAAAACAUAAUGAUUAUCUUUACCUAAAUGAGUUGCAUUUAAAUCAAACUUCCAAGAUCUGCCCAAAUAAGAUGGCAUGCAUCUAUGUCAACCACAUCACAUUGACUUUCAUUAAAAUAUCUUUUGUUAAUUGAAAGUUUUACUAGGCAAGUUUUUGUGACUUUUGUCUCAUAAUCUUUUUUUAACUUGUAUGGAUGCGAAUAGUUUUCGAUUUUCAAUACUAAUUUUUGCAUCAUAAUUAAAGAAGGAAUAUUUCAUAGCUACCAGUAUCAAUAAUGACGUCCCAACCUUUCCGUUUAUAGUGCACUUCAUUCAGAAAACAUUAUGCGUUUGAUCCGUUUUUGUGUGGAGCUUCACCUAGAUGGAAUAGAUCCGUUUGAUUUUGGUACAAUAGUGGUUUUUUCUGAUCCAAUGGUUGGAUUAGAAAAAAUGGGCAUUGGUCUUGACCUAUUUAGCCAAAGAAAUGAUAUAUUAUCAAAAUUUCGACCAAGUUUUAGCACAUUCAGUUGUUAUGACAAUGCUAUUUAACUUAAAAAAUAAUUAUAAGGUAAAAUUUUCCUCAAUAUCCCAUCUAAGCCCACUUUUAAAUAUUGAUAUCAUAUAAGACUUAGAUUCAGUCAAGUCAAUUCUAAAAGAUAGUCUAUAAAAUUCUUUAGCAUAUUAUGUCAUUGAUAUGUUUUCUCGUCUAAAUUUUGAUAUUGCUGAUUUAUAAUUUGUUCACAAUCUGGGGGCAGAAAUUUAUAUUUUAAUAUUUUUUCAUUUUAUCCCAACUACCAACUAGAUCUUUGUUUGAUCUUGCAUGAAUAGAUUGAAGUAGAUCCCACUAUGUAGAUGCUUUUCCCUUAGUUGAUAUGUAACUAAUUUCUCCUAUUUUUUAUCUCUGAUUUUCAUAAAUUCGAAAAAUCUUUCAACUUCUGAGACCUAAUCUAAAAAUUCUUCUAUUUUUAAAUGGCCAUUGAAAUUGGGUAAAUUGAUUUUCAUUUGAAAUCUCUAUUUUCAACAUAUCUACUCUUCGAACUGCCUGUGUUAUCUGAAUUUUUUUUUUAAGAUAAACGACUGAAAUCAUUUUUCUUUUGAUUAUUUUGGGCAUGUGAAUGAAUUUUAUGGGCAGACAUACUUCAAUGUAUCAUUCAUAUCUUCAAAUUUCUAAUCAAUACGUUCUUGAUACUCAAGAAAUUCCGUCCAAAAAAAAGGGCGUACCUCAAUAACUUCAUUUUCGUUGAUUUUUUAACCCUUAAACCUUUAUUUUGUGACAUCUUUAGAGAUGAAUCUGAAAUAUGAAUCUUGCCUCUGAUAUCACUUGACACUGCUUGUGAUUCGUGGAAUUGAAAUCUCGUUCUUGAAUCCACAAGAAACUGAUUUAUGUGAAAAUUAUCACCCUAAAUACUUAAAAUGAAGAAAUUUCGACCCUUUAAUCUACAAGGGUUUGAUUUUUAGUCCACAAGAUUAAAACGUUUCUCCUGAAUCCACAGAGGGCGCUGUAAUCUACCAGUGGGGAAACAAAACCUCAGAAGAAGGAGAAAUUUCGUAGAAUUCAUUGAAUGCCUCUACGGCUACAAGGGGGGCCUUUAAAUAGGCCGAAAAUCAGUUAGGACACCCCUCUUUUAAAUAUAUUCGAAAUGGCUAAAAUGAGAAACAAAAAUGUAAGCAGAAAAACUAAAGUUGGACACCUUCAAGAUGUGCUUUAUUAUGGGUUAAAUUUGAUAUUGGGCCAACUCAAGCUAGAGUUGGCCCCCUUUGCAUCUUCUUGCUUCUUGGGCCUCUGCUCCACUUGAAUUGGGCUCUAAUUGAGCUGCAUCAUUGACCUAAGAUGAUAUGUGAGAAUUUUUUGCUACUAUUGAUUCACUUUUACUCUUAUUGCAUUUGGUUUCGUUCACAAGGUCAAACAAUUUACUUGUUCGUAUUUUCAUCAGAAUAUCUGCUGUCUCUUUGAACUCUGUCAAUUUAUUUUUUCGAUUUGACUAUUGGCGAGCUUUUUAUGUACUAUGAUUACGCAUAGAAAAUUUAUCAUUGUCCUUGAUUAAUAUGCUUUUUCUCCAGGGCAUUCGAGUUGGUGUCAACCUGGCCCUGGCUAUUGCUCUACAUAACAUUCCUGAGGUAUAUGUUUAAAUUUUCGAUGGACAAAGACUUUCAUCUUUUAUACAACUUAUUGUGAUACUUGCCUUUAGUUAUGUUGGCAAUUUUAACAUGUCUCCUCAAUUAUAAUUACUUAUUAAUAGGUAGCUAAGCUGAUCACGCUUUUGACUACUGGAGAGGAUUUAUGAUGAAUCUUGGAUGUCUUUUCUGAUUGUUAACUCACUGUUUAUCUCCACUAAUACCGCCUAGUUUUAUUCACCACAGUAGGUGAUGCAAACCAAUCAUUUGAAGCUCAAAUAGUUAAAUAUAUAUCCUGGGUUAUUUUGAGGAGAAGCACACGUUGGUUUCUUUGUAUUACUAUACGGUUUCCAGUAGCAAUUGAGCAGUUUUCUGUGGUUCCAAUCUUAAUGACAUGCUUGUACAUUUCCUUUGCAAAAUAAAGUGAUUAAUAAUACCUGCAUUUGAGCCAAAAAGGCAGACUGAUAAAUGCGAUUUCCUGGAAUGCAUGACAGGAGUUUCUGACUUGUAUAUUUUUCCAGUUAAAAAAUCUGAACGAUUCAGAUGCUGGAAUUCGAAAUGGAUAACAUUGUAGAAACUCGUUUUUAUCACGGUAAUAGCUAUACAAGGGGGGAGACAUCCUUAUAUUAGGCAUUCAUAUAAAAGACAACAUCAUGCUAAAUGUAUGUCAUAUCUCUUCUCAGAGGUCAUGCUAAAUGUAUGUUCUCUUUGCUACUUGUCAUUCUGGUGAAAAUUUUAUUCAAUAUAUCCUUUCUGAGACGUAUCGACAUCUCCUUGAUGUUGUCUUGUUUCCAAUACAUAAAUGAAAGCAGCCAAUAUAUUCUGGCCUUAAAUGAUGUGAUCCUAAUUACCAUCGAAACAACAAAAUUCAUGGGUUUCAGCUUUCAUUGAAGGGACUUUAUGUGAGAUCUUGAGUUUUCCUCCCCCCCUGCAGGGUGUUGCUGUAGCGCUUCCUGUUUAUUUUGCAACUCAAAGGUAACAGAUUCAUUUUGAUUUGGGCAAUGAUAGUUUGAAAAUUUUCUUGUUGCAAUUAUUUAUUAAAUUUCAUUUUCAUGAACUGAAUGAUCCUCUUGUUAAGUUACCUUUCUGCCACUAUGUUAGAAUCCCACUCACUAAAAGUGAACUGUCGUUCUGGCGCAAUCAUUAAACCACCCAUCAUGUUGAUAAGACAAAGAGUUAGCUCCAAAACUGGUAAGGUCGUUUGAAUAUCCUAGAGAAGUGGGUAGCUAGCUUUCCAGAAGCUACUUUUGUGUCAGGGGGUUGAAAUAUAAACAGAGGUAGAAACUUCCAGUUUGACUAUUUACUGGCCAACUAGUCGGAGUAGUAGCUAUCACAUUUAGUUCUGACUUAGUUACUGUAAGAUCUUCAUGUAGAAUCAAUCACUUAUAACAAAAUAAUUGAGAAUUCAUUUUUAUGAUUAGUUUUUUCAUAUUGCAGCAAAUGGCAGGCUUUCAAACUAGCAACUUAUUCUGGUUUUGCUGAACCUCUAGGAGUGAUUAUUGUUGGUACGAAAAUCGUAUAUUUUUCAUGUGUGAAAUUUAUAUUUAUGUUGAUAGAUUUUUUUCACUUGUACCUUAUGCAUCUUACUCUGUAGAAGUUUUCGUCAAAUAUCUUUCCUUUGGAAAUUAUAAAAAGCCUAUUGAUGUUUGUACCUGUCAGUUUUAAAUAUGUCAUGAAAAUUAGUGGUAUUUAUUCGGGUUUUUAUUGUUGUUAGUAUUUGAUUUAUUAAUCAUAAUGAGUUCGUAUCUCUUUAUUAACGCCAGGGCUAAACUGUUGUGUGAAAGGUGGUCAACACUCAACCUUUAUGUGCGUAAGGCACUUUUUUUAUCAUGUUUUUUAGUCAGUAGAUGUCUGUGCCCUCACUUUCCUUGCUUUUGUGCAAUGUAUGGGUGUCCUCAGUUAUCCCGAUCUCAUAGGUAGCGGAUAAAUAAAACCCAGCCCCCUCCCCCCUAAAUCCGACCUAGGUUUCUGCCAAGCUGUACCUUAUUUGAAGACCUAGAUGAAAUCAUUAAGGCUAAAGACAGCUCGCCCCUGAAGAUCUUUUGGUCAUGUUGUAUAAAUAGAACAUCAGUAGAGGGGAAGGAUGGGAGAAAAGACGGAGUCUUCAAAAUGUUAUCUGGUAACAGUGUGAAUGGGUGAUCUCCCUAGAGGCCCAAGGAGAGGAGAAUGCUACUUAGAAUUAAAGUCAUUGUGGAGAAGGGCUAUCCUUUAUUUUUCCAGACCUGUAGAUUUUUUCGCUCAUGCUUUUUUCAAACUGUGAAGCGCUACCUUUGUUCUUCAUUUUAUCACCUCAUUUGAGGUUUCCAUCAUCCCAGUCCUGGCACUCCAUCCACAUGAAGGGCGUCUGAUUAUGUCAACUAGGGAAGAAUUCACCAUGGGGUUCUUAUCAUUUUAUCACUAAAUGGGUAUUUUGGAUUAAUUUCUCUGAGACUCCUACGAUCUCUGAUUACCCUCGGUUCUGUUUUGAGGAAGAAAGGCUUUUGUCGAGCAUAACGUUUGACCAGAAUCCAAUCAAUGCUUCCGUUUUUUCUUCCCAAAACUAGUUGAAGAUCGUCACAAGUUGAGGCCAAGUACUGUUAGUGGCUUGACAUUGUAACAGUAUGAUACUUUUUUUAGUACAGAAGCUUUACUGCUUCUUUAUGCAUUAAAAGUAGUGCUUUCAGGGCAUCGCCUUGGUGACAAGUCUGUCUGGACUCCCAAGGUGUCCAAGCUGCCUUGGUUAAUUGCUGCAUUUAUACAAGAUUUGGCACAGAUAACGGCUAUUUGUCAUCACGUCCAGCCAAAUUCAUGCUUUAAUACCCCCCUCGCCCCCCCCUAUAGAUUGAAUGUUAUUUAAUACGAUAUGUUGUUUCAUUUAAUGCUUUUGUGUCGAUUCAUUUUUAUUUAGGACAGUACAUAUUUUAAUAAUAUUGAUGUAUUAUUCACAUAAAUGCUAGUUCAUGUAAUCGUUCAUAUACAGUAUAUUGAGGAGUGCGGUCCAGUGCCAGAUAUCUCCUCAUAUUUGUGCCCGGAUGGACAUGGAUUACAGUUUUUGGUUGCACUGUCAGGAAUGAUAAUUUAUUAUUAUCUUCUUUUUUUUUGGUUGCUGGUGGGCCCUGUGAUGGUUAAAAUAAGCACACUUUUCCUCCAUGUGGAUGAGAUCUCCGUGUCUUUAAAUGUGAAGGCUUCAUUAGUUUUGCAUCACAUCCAUACUUGAGAUGACUCUGGAUAAAUUUCUUUCCAUAGCCACUUGGUCGUCAAUCUUCGCACCUAUUGCUGAUGUCUGCCUUGUCCAGCCAUCUGAUUCCUGAAUGCUAACGGUAGCAGAUAAGCGUCAUUGGAUCUUGAAGGUCAUAAAACAAAAUUGACGAUGAGGACUGUCUUCUACUGAAGAGAACCAAUGGAUAAGAAUACUAUUGGCGCGUUUCUGAAUUGCACCUUCUUUCCCUCUGUGGACAAUUUUUUGGACAAAAGGGAAGAUAACAACAAUCCAUUGCACUGCUCUGGUUUUAGCUGUGUAACAGUGUCGCAGGGAUCAGCUCCACAUAGCUCGACUCUGGUCUCGGCGCAUAUACGAAGCCGUUUUAUCAACCGCCCUUAGAAGUCUUCUCGGUGAGCCGCAGGAGACAGAUCUCCGCGGCAGGAACCUUUAGAAUCGCUUAAUCCCACUUUGUACGGCUUCUUUUGGCAGUGAUUGACUUGCGCCUGCACGCGUAAGAUUGUUCUUUUAUAACCAUGGCAGUUCUGCUAUGGAAAUUGCGUUUUCUCAUAUAUGCGUACAAGAUGCAAAAGAAAUUGAAUUUAUGCGUUCGUAAUUUCUAAUCCGAGGUGUUUGCUGUGUUGCAGCUUAUCUGUUCCCCAGAAGUCUGAGCCCUGAAAUCCUGGAGGGUUUACUUGCAUCUGGUUCAGUUCUAAACCCUCGUCUUCAUCUUUAGUUUUUUAAUUUAUCUCCUUUUAUAUCAGUCGGCGCGGCUUGGGUUUCCAUACCCAGGAAUGACCCCCCUCCCCUUUAUCGGCCAACUUCCCAUGGCUACAGCUUGGUGCAAGAAAAGGGUGCUCCCCGUCGAUACUGAAGACCGUUGUUCCUAACAUGUGGGAUUGGGUCAUCCAGAUCCCAGACUGGGCCUAGAUAGAUGGGUGCCGCAAGGCUGGAGCUUGUCCUAUGAUGACGACGAUGAUAGUGAUGGGAGGGAUUUGUGGCAUCUGAAUCAUAUUCUGCUUUCUUUGCAGUUGGUGGAGUUAUGGCUUUCCUCACUCUGCACGAAAUGCUACCUCUGGCAUUCGAUUAUGCUGGGCAGAAACAAGCUGUCAAAGCGGUCUUCUUGGGCAUGGCUUUCAUGUCGGCUAGGUCGGUUUACAGCGGAGAUACUAUCUCAUCUUUAAAGAUAUUCCGUUCCGAUGGUUGAUAUUUUAUUCUUAGGAAAAACUAUUUUAGAAUUUCAUGCUAUCCGUUAUAUUGUAGAAGAAGAUAUUUACAAUUAACAUAACCGGCCAUCCAGAGGUAAAUACGGAUUACACGUGGGUGGGUGGGAGAACUAUCCUUGUUUAGAAAAGACUCAUUUUCCUCCCUUUUAAGGAUUUUCCUGGAAUCGCUCUGUGAUCGCUGUGCUGCGCAGAAAAGACUAAUUCCGUUUCGCAUGGGAUUUUUUAACACGAUGUAGGAAGGCUGCAUUUUUCUUUCUCAUUUGCUAUGGUGGCAUCAAGAUAUCCGUCAGAUUCUGCAUUCAGUCUAAGCUUGUGCUGACACUCUUCGUUGAAAAUUCGUCUCUUAUGCAUCAUGCAUGACCAGCAGAAGCACAUUAAUUUCCAAUCAUAAGAUGAGUUGCAUUUGUUCUUUGUUUUCGUUGGAGGGGGGGGGGGGGUUGGGGAUGGAUUCGUAUUUUUCGAGUGCCAUCAAUCAAUCAUUUAGCACUUUCCCACCGAGAUGCUUUUGUCUAAACGGUCUUUUGAUCUGUGUGCAUCAUCUCCAUCCCGCUGCAGCUUGUACUUCCUGCAAAUCAGCUUGCCGGAGGAGAUCAACCUAUGA